GAAGGACUCACACGCACAACACAUACAGACACUGCCAACACCCAUCAUCACACACGAUGACGGCAGCGACGAUGAAUGGCGGAGACGGAGCGGAGGAGGUGGUGAAUCGGUCGUCGCUGGGCAAGGGGAAGCAGCCUGCACGCCGCCGCAGUGCACCGGGCAUGACGCAGGAGGCGGUUCACAACGGCACGAUGCUCCUGAACUUCUUGAGGCUGGCGCUGGCGUCGUUCUUCCUCGUGCCAGUGGCGUUGUACUUUCACUUGUGGUUGCUUGCUGGGGUUCUUGCCUUCUUCGUCUUCACGCCACAGCUCGUGGGAAAGGCCUGGACACAUGUUGCGUACCGUAGUCCGCCAAGCAACGUGGAGGUGCUGUUCCACGGGUUCAUCUCCAGCAUCACGAAGCGACCGAGCCUCAAGGCCAAGCGGCCACAGAUCACCUACGCCUCUCGUAUCCGGGUGGAUGAGCGGGACUUUGCCCGCGUGUGCGAGCUCACGGGGUUUAAGGACGCCACGCUGGCCAAGCCAGGCAUGGCAGCCUUGCCAUACAUGCACGUGAGUUCGCGCAAGCCAAAGGCGCCAAAGGAGCGGGCUGAGAUUGCCGGGGAGCAGACAAACACAUGGACCCUCCCACACAACAUUGGGUGGCAAUAUGCACGCUGCAGCGGCGACUACAACCCAAUCCACAUCCACCCGCUCACCGCAAAGCUGUUUGGGCAGCCAACGUGCAUUGCCCACGGCAUGUACACACUUGCACGCGCGGUGGCGGGCGUCACCACCGCCACCACAUCGUCAUCAUCAUCGUCAUCAUCGUCGUCAUCAGGGAGUGGCCUUGACUUGCGCUACCCAAUUCAGGCGGCAAACGAGUGGAAGCUUCCCCUGCGCAUCCCCAGCAAGGCUGCGCUCAAGUUCCACGUUGCAGACACCAGCGCAGAGCACGUUCGCGGGAUCAGGCCUCGCACGGCCAGAGGGGACCCAACCAAGACGGGUAAAUUUGCAUCGUUCCUGGUGGAGUUUGGUGAUGGGAAACCGCACAAUGCCGGCGCCAUCUGGGCAGGCGACUCCACCUUCCUCUAGCUUCAUCAACACAUGGAUCCGCACAUCACAUCACACCACAUCACAUCACAUCACGUCACACGUCACACGCCACUACGCGUCUCAUGUUCAUGCAUUCUUGCUUGCAAAUUCUCGUUCGCGUUUCCUUUUCUCGCGUCCUCUUGUCGCUUCUCCUCACUUCUCCUUCUCGUUUGCUCACUUCUCCUUCUCGCUUGCUCGCUUCAGCCUCGCCAUCCAACACACACACACACACACACACACACACACACACACACACACACACACACAC